CGAGCGGGCGCACGCAUUGCUCUCUGGAGUGCAAUGACCGAGUGACGUCCAUCGGACUUGUGUGUAUAUUGUAUAUGCAGUGAACUGUACCGAGAUGUCGGAGUUGCGUGGUUCGCCGCCCUUGUCCCGUGGGCUCGAGAACGGUUUCGGGGCUCCGCUGGCGGCGCUGAGCUCGCUGGCCGAGGCGCCUCCUCCGGCGCCGAACCCUCACGGCAUCGACCAUAUCUUAUCUCGUCCGACGGUGGGCAGCAACGUGGGUGCCGGUCUUCUCGCGCCGCGGUUGUCGCUGGCGGCGGCGGCGGCUGGCAUGGCGCACUACCUGCAGCACAAGCCGCUCUACUGGCCUGGCUUCCAGGGCCUCGUCUCCAACCCCAUGGCGUGGCGAGAGCGCCUGCAGUCCAAUUUUGUUGCAGUGAGCAACGGCGCGCUGAGCGCGUGUUCUCAGGGUGGCAUGGACAAGGACGGCAAGAAGAAGCACACGAGGCCUACCUUCAGUGGACAGCAGAUUUUCGCGUUGGAGAAGACCUUCGAGCAGACUAAGUACCUCGCCGGACCGGAGCGGGCCAAGCUCGCGUACGCGCUCGGCAUGACCGAGUCACAAGUCAAGGUCUGGUUCCAAAACAGAAGAACGAAAUGGCGGAAAAAGCACGCGGCUGAGAUGGCGACCGCAAAACGUAAGCAGGAGGAGCUGGGCGAGGAAUGUGACGACCAGGAGCAGCAUGACAACGAGUGUAGUGACGAGGAGGAGGCGAAGAGGCCGCGCCUCGACAUCCACCACAUGCACCACCAGCUGCCGCACCGGCAGUGAUCCCGCACCCCGGGCGAGUCCGCCCGAGACGCCGGCCUGCAUGCCAGCGCCACCUUCAGCCCCACUGACUCCUACUACCAGGAGUUCGCCGGCUACAAAGAGGAGGAGGCGCCCUGCGACCUGUCCAACUGGCAGGUGCGCAGGUUCGAGGACGUGCCGCGGUCCGGUGACAGUGACAAUGUGAACAGUGACAGCCUCAGUGUCGAGGACGAGCAGCCCAUCAACUUCGCGUACUAUCACUUCUGACUGUACCAGUGAACUAGUGAAGUGGCCACCACGUCCCAGUGUAGCACUUAAGGACUUCCAACUAUUAAUUAUUAAUUCAAUCGAUAUCUUUUUACAGUCACAUUGUUUGUUAAAGUCUAGGACGAGUGUCUGUGGACGCUGUACGCUAAGUGCUAUGUAAAAACGAUUAUAUUAAAGUAAUUACGUUUAUAUGACUGUAAAUAUUUCUAGUAUAAGUAGUCAUGUGAUAAAUUAUAAGUAAUUUAUUGAUAAUUUUAGAUUUUACAUGUAUUAUGUGAGCGUACACUUGUAAAUUGUAUGAAUCUUGACACCGGUGCCAAUUUCCUAUCUGUAGUUAUAUUUCGAAUAUAAAGAGUAGAGUUUAUUUGGAAGCUGUUCGUAUUUAUUGUCAUUCAAAGUGCCAGAUUAUUAUUACAGAAGUAAUGUGCGUAUACAUUAAGCCGCCACUGUCCGCUCUGAGAACUUACUUUAGCUGAGACAAUUAUGUACUUUGCAAUUUCUUUGUAUGAAAUACAUAUAUGUAGUAUGUUUCUAAAUGAAGUAGACACGAGUACAAUGACCUCACUCAGGCUGUGUGUAGAUAUAAAUAGGCACAUUAGCCCCGGCCACAUAAAGACACACACUUAGCGCUAAUGGUGUGAACAAGCCAUUAUUUGUCAGUAUUUUUCAUAUAUAUUACUGUUACAACUUGCUGAAAUAUCUUACAAAAAGGAUGUCUGUAUUACUGAAACUGACUUAAGUAUAAUAUAACGCCAAUAUUUUCUUGCUGAAAUGAGUAAGUAGAUGUAACAUCAUAAAAAACAUUGUUUCAAAAUAAAUUCAGAGACAGUAAAGUUACUGAACAAUAUUGCAAUGUGCUUACUUUCAACAGAAACAAAUCUUGCUACUCAAUCGCAGUAUUUUCCUUUUUUAAUAGAGAAUACGGUGUCUAAAAUAUAAUUAUGUAUUGUUGAAUACAAAACAUGUAUUAUAGUUUUGAGUGAGGUUAUACUACAUAUAAUUUUGAGGCUAAAAUGCUUACCCAGUUUAUUCAAAUCUAUACUUGAAUAGUUUCUAAAAUAGUCUACAUUUUAAAAUUUUCAGCAUUUUAUAAACGAUGUCGACGUAAAAUUGUUACUUUUCAUCGUAGCCAGUUUCUUUUGAUUGUUUUUAUUUUCUAAUUAUAAUAUUGUUAAGGUCAUGUACAGAUGUUUCCUUAAUACUUGUAAAUACUAUUUAAUAAUUACUUAUAACAAUAAUGUCGCUAGAGGCAUCGCAAUAUGUAUAUUGUACAUUUUAAAUAUAAAACGUGUAAAUAGAUAUUUAAACGAAUUUAACUAUUGUAACUAACUACGAGUAGUGAUGACCACGCCAGUACUAUUAUUGAGUAAAUGUGCAUUAUUCGAAACUUUUUGCUGUUAAACUCAUUCACAUUUUUUUAUUAAUCUUAAAGAUGUGCCUGGCACAAAACAGUCUUAUUACAAAUUUUGAUUUUGGAAUUUUUAUUUCUUUUUAAAACUAUUGUAUUACCGAGACAGAACCAUUUGAAUUCAAGACGAAAACGUAUUGUUUAGAACUCUGACUGCUAUAAAUAAUUACAAUAUGUUAUCUAUGCUUUUUUUAAUCUUUUUUAUGUAUGUUUUGCUCACAAUUCGUAAUACAACCUAUAUAGUUUGCAAGCAUAAAAUCAACAAAAUAGUAGAAGUUUUAUUAAAAGACUGAACAUUUUUUAUUUCUAUGAGCUAUUAACGCAGAAUGAUGCACAUUUAUCACACAUACAUACAUCUGUUACAUACACAAGUAAGAUUAUAUAGAGAAUGAGCUUCAACCGUUACGAGAUUAAUUCGCUUAUAAAUGCACACAAAUAUAAAUUAUUACAUUAUUAAGUGUCUGUAACAGCUUGUCAUAGUAAAAUAAAACCGCAAAUCAAGUUAUCUUAUUCCAUCCCGCCCUAAUACAUUUUGAACUCUAUAUCUUUGGAAUACAGUUCCAAAUGUAUUGCAGAAUGAAAGGUAGUUUGAUGUGCGGUCUGUACUGUACUACAGCAUUCUAAGAUAACAUGUUUAGAUAAUAAAAAGCGUGGAAACUCUGCGUAAUGUGGUUCAA